AUGGAGAACCAAGGAGAAGUUCAAGAGGGGAUGAAAGCCGAUAUUCAACAACUGAAGGGACAAAUGAGUCAAAUUCUAGAGGCCCUGAGUGCCUUACAAAGCCCUGGAGAUUCGCGCACACCACGAUCGCAAAUAAGAGUGUCAAGGGCACCAAGUCUCCCUCCUUAUGGUCUUCCUCCGAACUACACUCCACCUUCAGGAGAGGACUUGGGACAUGCUGACACCCAAGAGGUCAAAGAUAACGCAGUUGAAGCAAAAGACGAGCUUGGAGCAAACACUGCCAUAAUUCAUGGGGAGACAACCAAGUCAGGUAUUGCAAACGUGAUAAUGACAAAACAACCCGAGAUGAAGUCUUCACAUUAUGCUGUUGCACCAACAGAUUUUGAAAAAUUAGAAAUGCUUGAGAAGAAGUUGAGAGUCAUAGAGGGCGAAGGAAAUUUUGAAUUUAGAGACGCUAGAAAACUAUGCUUAGUUCCAGAUGUGGUGAUACCUCCAAAGUUCAAGUUGCCAGAGUUUGAGAAAUAUCGAGGAAACACUUGCCCAAGGAGCCACAUAACCAUGUACUGCAGAAAAAUGGCAGCCUAUGCUCAUGAUGAAAAACUUUUGAUUCACUUCUUCUAG